AUGAACCAACUAAAGAUCUUGGAAAUUAAACGGCGUCGGUACGAGGAUAAGCAACAAAAGGCCCUGGCAAACGCGGCCAUUCGCAGUCCCGUCGAGCGUCCAAUCAUGUAUAUCAUGAACAAACGGAACCGUCUGAUACAGCAGGAAUUCCACCAUCAUUGGAAUACUGAAGGCACUCACAGGAACAGAGUUGAGAGAGUAAGUCUCACUCUCCUGCCUAGUGGCCACAAGGCGUCCAAAAUUAUUUACAACGAUGCUCUUUCACCCGAUGAGGCACCAGCGCCCCCAUCUCCCAAACUUCCAAAGCUCCCGAAGCCACCAUCAGCGUAUCUGCAGGGGCGCAAGUCUGCUGAAGUAGUGUCAUCACGAUCACCAAAGCUGACAGAUAGCAAAAAAAGGGAUAGCGUUAUUUUUCAAGCCGUAGAAAUCAUCUCCGAGUGGUUGGCUGCAGAGCCGUGUUUUGUUGACCCCGAGGUGACCUACGGGGACAAAAAUGCGCGUUUUCUGGACACUGUGUUUCAGCGCCUGCACACUUUCAAGACUACUAUCAGCUGGGAAGUGAUGAAGAUGCUGCAGGAUGCCAGCAAUGCUUGUCGAGAAACUCCUCAAUCACUUCUCAUAAACAGACUGCCUUUGCAACAGAGCGCUUUAAGCACCCCCACCAGUUGUCCCAAAACUGGCUCGACGGCCAUUGUUCCGUACAGGACCCCAAUUUUGGGUGGAUUCUCCUCUCCCGCACACAGAAGCUGCACCUCCCGACCAGUAACUCCGUUUCAUGUCGACCUUCUGCCGCAAAUCAGCCCCUCCGUGGUGGCGGAGGUGCGCAGGGGCUUGGUCAAUGCAGUACCCCACCACCCCUGUCAGUACAAAAUGAGGUUGGGUAAGACACCCCCUGGUCCCUUCAACGGAUGCAGAGGCAGAAGCAAUGAAGUUGAUCUGGAUGCUUCCGAUUGGAGACGUCCACCUCGGCGCCAGCUGAAGUUGGAGAUGGAAGUGGAGGGUAAUUCGGAUGAUUUCCUAGCCUCUGGAGCAUUGCGACACCCCAUUUGGGACACACCGGAUGAGUGCAAAACCUACUAUUCAAAUAUAGUUAUGUUAGAGUAG